AUGCACACCAAGGCACGACCCCCAGAGCCGGCCCUGGCCCAGGGCCACGGGCUUGCCAGGGCUGCAGUGUGUGAGCAGCUCCACAGCCCCUUAGGGCUGCCCCGGGGGCAGGCUCCCCCGGCCCCAGUGCUGUUCCCAGGGGCCAAGAGGAGGAGCGGAUGUGCUCUGGGCAUCGGAGGGCUGAGACCUCCGCAGAGAGCAUCAGUGGCCCCUGCCCGGCCCUGUUCCACAGGGCCCAGCCCACAGGACAGAGAGGCCGGCGCGUUGCAGAUGCUGGGAAUGCUGGCCAUGCUGUGGCUUGGCGCCGUGACUCUCGCCUACGUCCUGUGGCAGGUGCACCUUCCCCCCACCUGUGGCCAGCUGCACCCCGGGGAAGGGCCCACCGGGUCCAGGGGCCAUGGCUCCAGCCUGGCCUGGGAGUCCCAGAGAGGGGAGGCCGGGCAGCAGCUGCAGGACUCCUGCCGGCUUGUCCUUGUGGAGAGCAUCCCCCAGGACCUGCCCUCCGCAGCUGGCCGCCCGUCUGCCCGGCCCCUGGCCCAGGCGUGGCUGCAGCUGCUAGACACUGCCCAGGAGAGCAUCCACAUGGCUUCCUUCUACUGGUCCCUCACAGGGCCUGACAUUGGGGUCAACGACUCGUCCUCCCAGCUGGGGGAGGCCCUUCUACAGAAGCUGGAGCAGCUGCUGGACAAGAACAUUUCCCUGGUUGUGGCUACCAGCAGCCAGUCAUUGGCCAAGAACUCCACGGACCUGCAGGUCCUGGUGGCGCGAGGUGCCCAGGUGCGGUUCGUGCCCAUGAGGAAGCUCACCGGGGGCGUUUUGCACUCCAAAUUCUGGGUCGUGGAUGGACGGCACAUCUACCUGGGCAGUGCCAACAUGGACUGGCGGGCCCUGACGCAGGUGAAGGAGCUGGGCGCCAUCAUCUAUAACUGCAGCCGCCUGGCCCUCGACCUGGAGAAGACCUUCCAGACCUACUGGGUCCUGGGGGCGCCAAAGGCGGUCCUCCCCAGAGCCUGGCCCCAGAACUUCUCGUCCCACAUCAACCGCUUCCAGCCCCUCCGGGACCGCUUUGACGGGCUGCCCACCACUGCCUACUUCUCUGCCUCGCCACCCAUGCUCUGCCCGCAUGGCCGCACCCGGGACCUGGAAGCACUGCUAUCAGUGAUGGGGGGCGCCAGGGAGUUCAUCUACGCCUCGGUGAUGGAGUAUUUCCCCACCACGCGCUUCAGCCACCCGGCCAGGUACUGGCCGGUGCUGGACACUGCACUGCGGACAGCCGCCUUUGACAGGGGUGUGCGUGUGCGUCUGCUGGUCAGCUGCUGGCCCCACACAGACCCCAGCAUGUUCCCCGACCUGCGGUCCUUGCAGGCUUUCAGCAACCCCGCGGCCGGUGUCUCGGUGGAUGUGAAAGUCUUCAUUGUGCCGGUGGGAAAUCACUCCAACAUCCCGUUCAGCAGGGUGAACCACAGCAAAUUCAUGGUCACAGAGAAGGCGGCCUACAUAGGCACCUCCAACUGGUCGGAAGAUUACUUCAGCAGCACCUCAGGGGUGGGCCUGGUGGUCAGCCAGAGAGCCUCCAGCACCCGGCCAGGGGUGCUUACCGUGCAGGAGCGGCUGCGCCGCCUGUUCGAGCGAGACUGGGAUUCCCGCUAUGCCGUGCGCCUGGACGGACAAGCCCAGGGCCGGGACUGUGCUUGGCAGGGCUGAGGUGCAGCUCCGUCUGAGCCCCGGCCCCCAGCUCCCCGUGGAUGCCGCCUCCCGCUGCACCUCCCAACUGUCCC